GGUGAAGACCGGGAAGGCCGGAGAGAGCCCCCCAAUCCCGCGCCGAGGCGGCGGCGGCGGCGGCGGCGGCGCGACGAUGAGGAUGAUGAAUACAUUGCAAAGUUUUUUUGGCCCCGGCGAGGGGUGUCAGAUUGAGUGCUCUGUGCGCAUGUGCGAAGGUGUCCAAACUGACAAUGCUGGGGAGAUGAAGAUAGUGUGUAGCUGCUUCUGGGCUCAAGGAGGAGGAGAGAGAUUCCGCGAGCCGACACCAUGCGAUCCAAGGCGAGGGCGAGGAAGCUAGCCAAAAGUGACGGUGAUAUUGUAAAUAAUAUGUAUGAACCCGACCCGGACCUGCUGGCCGGCCAGAGUGCCGAGGAGGAGACCGAGGACAGCAUCCUGUCUCCCAUCCCCAUGGGACCGCCAUCCCCCUUCCCCACCAGCGAGGACUUCACUCCCAAGGAAGGCUCGCCCUAUGAGGCUCCUGUGUACAUUCCCGAAGACAUUCCAAUCCCACCAGACUUCGAGCUGCGAGAGUCCUCCAUCCCAGGGGCCGGCCUGGGGAUCUGGGCCAAGCGGAAGAUGGAAGUUGGGGAGAGGUUUGGUCCUUACAUGGUGGCGCCCCGGGCUGCACUGAAGGAAGCUGACUUUGGAUGGGAGAUGCUGACAGAUACGGAGGUGUCACCCCAGGAUGGCUGCAUCAAAAAGCAGAUCUCUGAAAACCUGGACAGCGAAAAGUUCUGUGCGGAUGCCAAUCAGGCUGGGGCUGGUGGCUGGCUCAAGUAUAUACGUGUGGCAUGUUCCUGUGAUGACCAAAACCUUACCAUGUGUCAGAUCAAUGAGCAGAUUUAUUAUAAAGUUAUUAAGGACAUUGAGCCAGGUGAGGAGCUGCUGGUUCACGUGAAGGAAGGGGCCUACUCCCUCGGCGUAGUUCCGCCCAGCCUGGAUGAGGAUCCGACAUUCCGCUGUGAGGAGUGUGACGAGCUCUUCCAGUGCAAGCUGGACCUGCGGCGUCACAAGAAGUACGCGUGCGGCUCGGCCGGGGCGCCGCUCUACGAGGGCCUGGGGGAGGAGCUCAAGCCCGAGGGCCUCGGCGGGGGCAGCGACGGCCAAGUGCACGAGUGCAAAGACUGCGAGCGGAUGUUCCCCAACAAGUACAGCUUGGAACAACACAUGAUUGUCCACACGGAAGAGCGAGAGUAUAAGUGUGACCAAUGUCCCAAGGCCUUCAACUGGAAGUCCAACCUCAUUCGCCACCAGAUGUCCCACGACAGCGGCAAGCGCUUUGAAUGUGAAAACUGCGUCAAGGUGUUCACAGACCCCAGCAACCUGCAACGGCACAUCCGCUCGCAGCAUGUUGGUGCCCGGGCCCAUGCCUGUCCAGACUGCGGCAAGACCUUCGCCACGUCCUCUGGCCUCAAACAGCAUAAGCACAUCCACAGCACGGUGAAGCCGUUCAUAUGUGAGGUCUGCCACAAGUCCUACACGCAGUUCUCCAACCUGUGCCGACACAAGCGGAUGCAUGCCGACUGCCGCACGCAGAUCAAGUGCAAGGACUGUGGGCAGAUGUUCAGUACUACCUCCUCCCUCAACAAGCACCGGCGCUUCUGCGAGGGCAAGAACCAUUACACGCCAGGCGGCAUCUUCGCCCCAGGCCUGCCCUUGACCCCCAGCCCCAUGAUGGACAAGGCAAAACCCUCCCCCAACCUCAACCACGGGGGCCUGGGCUUCAAUGAGUACUUCCCCUCCAGGCCCCACCCUGGGAGCCUGCCCUUCUCUGCUGCCCCUCCAGCCUUCCCCACGCUCACGCCCGGAUUCCCGGGCAUCUUUCCUCCAUCCUUGUACCCCCGGCCACCUCUGCUACCUCCCACACCACUGAUCAAAAGUCCCCUGAACCACACCCAGGACGCCAAGCUGCCCAGUCCCCUGGGGAACCCAGCCCUGCCCCUCGUGUCUGCGGUCAGUAACAGCAGUCAGGGUGCCACGGUGGCCACGGGGCCUGAGGAGAAAUUUGAGAGCCGUCUGGAAGAUGCCUAUGUGGAGAAGGUCAAGACCAGGAGCCCCGACAUGUCAGACGGCAGUGACUUUGAGGACAUCAACACCACGACGGGCACUGACUUGGACACCACCACAGGGACGGGCUCAGACCUGGACAGUGAUGUGGAUAGUGACCGAGACAAGGUCAAGGACAAGGGCAAGCCAGUGGAGGGCAAGCCCGAGUUUGGGGGUGGACCUGUGCCCCCAGGAGCCGUGAAUAACGUGGCCGAGGUGCCCGUCUUCUACUCCCAGCAUUCGUUCUUCCCCCCGCCCGAGGAGCAGCUGCUGACCGCCUCGGGUGCCGCCGGAGACUCCAUCAAGGCCAUCGCCUCCAUUGCUGAGAAGUACUUCGGCCCUGGCUUCAUGGGCAUGCAAGAGAAGAAGCUGGGCUCACUGCCCUAUCACUCGGUGUUCCCCUUCCAGUUCCUACCCAACUUUCCCCACUCCCUCUACCCUUUCACGGACCGAGCCCUCGCCCAUAACUUGCUGGUCAAGGCUGAGCCAAAGUCGCCCCGGGACACCCUCAGGGUGGGUGGUCCCAGUGCCGAGUGCCCCUUUGACCUCACCACGAAACCAAAAGAGGCCAAGCCUGUCCUGCCCAUGCCCAAGGCACCCUUGGUCCCCACAUCUGGUGAGGAGCAGCCGCUAGACCUGAGCAUUGGCAGCCGGGCCCGCGCCAGCCAGAACGGAGGUAGCAGGGAACCCCGGAAGAACCACAUCUAUGGCGAGCGGAAGCCAGGCGAGGGGCUGCCCAAGGUGUGCCCAGCACAGCUGCCCCAGCAGCCCUCCCUGCACUACGCCAAGCCCUCACCCUUCUUCAUGGAUCCCAUCUACAGCAGGGUAGAAAAGCGGAAGGUGACUGACCCCGUGGGAGUCCUGAAGGAGAAGUACCUGCGGCCAUCGCCCCUGUUGUUCCACCCCCAGAUGUCAGCCAUUGAAACCAUGACAGAGAAGCUGGAGAGUUUCGCCGUCAUGAAGGCCGACUCGGGCAGCUCCCUGCAGCCCCUGCCCCACCACCCGUUCAACUUCCGGUCCCCACCCCCGACGCUCUCAGACCCCAUCCUCAGGAAGGGCAAGGAGCGAUACACGUGCAGGUACUGUGGCAAGAUCUUCCCCAGAUCGGCAAAUCUCACAAGACACCUGAGGACACAUACUGGGGAACAGCCAUAUAGGUGCAAGUACUGCGACCGGUCUUUUAGCAUCUCCUCCAACCUCCAACGGCAUGUGCGGAACAUUCACAACAAAGAGAAGCCCUUCAAGUGCCACCUGUGUAACCGUUGCUUUGGGCAGCAGACCAACCUGGACAGGCACCUGAAGAAACAUGAGCAUGAGGGUGCGCCAGUGAGCCAGCACUCCGGAGUACUCACGAACCACCUGGGUACCAGUGCCUCCUCCCCGACCUCCGAGUCGGACAACCACGCACUUUUAGACGAGAAGGAAGACUCCUACUUCUCUGAGAUCAGAAACUUCAUCGCCAACAGUGAGAUGAACCAGGCGUCCACACGAACGGACAAUCGGCCUGAUAUCCAGGACCUCGAUGGCAACCCUCAGUGCCCAGGCUCAGGCAGUGCGAAGCCUGAGGACGCAGAGGAGGAGGAGGAAGAGGAGCUGGAAGAGGAGGAUGACGACAGCCUGGCUGGAAAGUCACAGGAGGAUACUGUGUCCCCCACACCUGAGCCCCAAGGUGUCUAUGAGGAUGAGGAGGAUGAGGAACCACCCACUUCCCUGGCCAUGGGCUUCGACCACACCCGAAGGUGUGUUGAGGAGCGAGGAGGCGGUCUGUUAGCUUUGGAGCCGACGCCGACCUUUGGGAAGGGGCUGGAUCUCCGCAGAGCAGCUGAGGAAGCAUUUGAAGUUAAAGAUGUGCUUAAUCCCACCUUAGAUUCUGAGGCUUUAAAACAGACCCUGUACAGGCAGGCUAAGAACCAGGCGUAUGCAAUGAUGCUAUCCCUUUCUGAGGACCCUCCUCUCCAUGCCCCCUCCCAGAGCUCGCUGGAUGCUUGGUUGAACAUCACAGGAGCCUCAUCAGAGUCUGGAGCCUUUAACCCCAUCAACCACCUCUGAGGUCCUGGAGGCCUCAGGGCCAGAGUCCAAAGCCAGGGUAACAGCUGCAGGGAUGGAGCGUGUCCAGAGAGUUCCUGAUACCUGUGAUUCACCUCUCCUCCACAUCCGGCCCCAUCCUUCAUGGCUCAAGUCCAGCUUCUCCAAUUAAACUCAGAACCCAAAGGUCCCUCAAGUAGCCACUGGUCUUUACCACCUCUCAGAACUGGCCUCAAGGACACAAUCUGCGGUGGUGCAGUGCAUGACCACCCAUGUGCUGCUUAUAGGAGCUGUCUGGCAGACAACCUGUGGGCAAGGGUGAGCUCUCUCCAUCCCAAUGGGAGCCAGUGGUCCACUUCUGGGCUUCUAUGUGGCAUUGUGAUGGGAAUGGAAACACACAGGUGUGCGCCACAGAGAUCGCACAAGUGAUUUUUAUAAUAAGAAUUACAGAUAACCCUUUUGGUAAUCUUAUUGACAAGAGUCUAUUUAAGCAUGUGGGUUUUAAAAAUAGACAGUAUUUUUAAAAAAAAAUCAAAAAGUGACUUGCAAAUUGUUUUUUAAAAGUAAUUUUGCAGUGCUUUGAAAUUAUCUGCAAACCCACGCCUGCCUGGACAGCCAGCCCUGUUGGGUAUGUCCUUUAUACUAUAGAUAACAGAGAGUUUUCUAUCUCUGACCCUGUUUGUACGAGCCAAGGUGAUUCUGAGUGUCCCAGACACAGAAUGAGGGGCACGAGCCAUUCCUCUGAAUAGCAUGCAGACUCUUCGUAGGAGUUCCUGAUGUUUGACAUGGUGCCUGGCUGCAGGUUGGCAGAGGUCAAGUCUUGGAGGUUGCCUUGCCCCCAUGUGGCCUGCAGAGGAAUCCACAGGCCCCCACCCAAGACCCCCAAUUGUAUGGGGAAGUCGGGAGCCGGUGGCUCCGGUCCUUCAUGCUGGAUACCUGAUGGUCUUUCCCCCUCAGCUUCCCCCCACACCUUAACUCAUGCUGGCCCUGGCCACUGUUCUUCUGAAGGCAGAGCUAUGGACCACACCUGGACCUCCAGCCUCCCACUUUCCCUAACCCCGGCACUCUGAUGUCCUUCCCACGGCCACUGGAUGUGGGGAGCCAACCGCAGCUCCACACUCCAGAAUGCCAAGCACUUCUUGUGCCUAAGACUCUGGAUCAACCACGCAGCUGCCACUUCCACUCUUCACACAGGAACCUGGCGAGAUGAGGUCAGACACUGAGGGGGCUCAGGGGACCCGCUGCAAAGAGCAGAGAGGCACACUCACAGGGGCCCAAUGCCUCGCUCCCUCGGGAUGUGUCUAACUUCUCCACUUGGAUGGGCUUUAAAUUAUUCCCAUAGGGGCCAAUUUCAAAUAAUUUUUCCCUGAUGGAAUUUACCUUAAUCUGUAUAUAACUUGUAAUUUUUUCUAAUUCGUUUUUCCUUAUUUUAUUUCUUCCUUAACAGUAUUUUUUGGCAUUAGACAUCUUAUUGUGAAGAAAUAAUGUUAAUAUAAGUAUCUAGUGAAGGACCAAAACCGUGUGAUAAAGUUGUGUGUUGUGUGAUCAAUAACAAGGGAGUGGGGCGGUUUUAACGUGCCAAAUACCCCACGUCCCCCCCUCCCCAAUGAAUCCUGCUGUCACUGCUGCCCCUUUACCAGACAAUCAUGUGUUUUUCUUAAAUUUGAGUUUCAGUUGCCGUUGCAUUUAAGACAAGUGUUCUAUUUAUUUCUUUUAUUGUUUGGAAAAAAAAAAAACAAUUAGUGUCUCAACAAGAAGAGAAAAAGAAGUCACCUGAAUUGCCCUUUGAGGAAAGAAAAAGAGAGUGUAAGUGCAAACAAUCAGGGCACUAGCCAUGUCUGUGUGGAUUGGUGCCAUACCAUGGGCAUUUCAGUGGGAGCAACUUAAAUAUCUAUGUGGGUAUGUUCCUUGCACGCACGGCCAUUCCAGGCAAAGACAAUCGCCAGUGUCAAUGCUGGGCAGGCCAGGCUGGUGCUAGAGACAUGUGACAGAAAGUCCCUGAGGACACCACUAACCUGCCAGUCAUAGCAAAGGGACGUCACCCCUUGCUGAUUGCCAGUGAGGUGGUAAGAUGGAGAACGGUUCUGUGUGUGCACUCAGGACAUGUUCACAUAUGCACGGACUGGAAAGAUGCCUCUCAGGACAGCAGGGACAUGCCGUGCAGGACAGCUGGCCGUGACCAUGUUAUAUGGAUUACAUACUUCCUCACAAGCCCACAGUAUCCCUUCAGCCAACUGGCCAGGCCUUGGCAUGGAAAUUCCAAUGUCUCCUUGUCUAGGUGGGAUCCUUGUACAAUUUCAACCUCAGAUACAAAUGCCCACUUCUGUAAACCCAAAUUAUAUGCUUUCUUCUGUGAAAGA